AUGGCAGUCUCCUUCUCUGUACUUCGAUUAUUUUCUUUGUGCCUUCUUUUUCUAUACGCUCACGCAGGUAUAAUUGAUGGGUUUUUUACUGGACUAGUGAACGAUGUGGUGUCCUUCUUACCUCCACUGGAUUGGGUUCCUCAUCCAACGGGGAUACCGUUCCCAACAAAAAACGACACGGCGGAACCAUGGAAUCACCUCAACACUCCUCCUGCGACCCAUGCGCCUGUUGGCAACACGUCUGCUUGCUCAUCUAGUAACGGGCCAUCCUCUGGCUAUUGGUACGAAAAGAUUGCGCAUAACGGCCAGUCGUCGUUUCUGAGUUUGGAUUAUAAAGACAGCUACAAGGUCUUUCGGAAUGUGGUAGCGGACUAUCAAGCUGAUAACACGGGAAAGGAGGACGCUGCACCUGCUAUACAGAAGGCCGUUGAAGCCGGGGCAUCAAACGGACCGUCUCGUAAUUCGAAAUCAAUGGGCACGACAGGGCAGCCAGCCGUUAUUUAUCUUCCGGGGGGAACAUAUCUCUUCAAAAGCUCUCUUCAGCUCUACGCUGGAACGGUGUUGGUCGGUGACCCGACGAACCCCCCCAUCCUAAAAGCGGCUGCUGGUUAUUCUCUGAGCCACAUGGUCUACGCCAAGGACCCCAAUCAUGAAGGCACAAACAACUUCUACGUUGGCAUUAAGAAUAUCGCUCUGGAUUCUACUGGCGUUGAUUCGGGCGCGUCGCUGGCACUCCUUGAUUGGACUGUUAGCCAAGCAACACAGCUCACCAAUGUUGCGUUUCGUAUGCCGACGGGUAGCAAGCAUGUUGGUUUGACGACGCAGUAUGACUAUAACAGUAAUAUCAUUCUGAAUGAUCUUUCAUUUAGUGGUGGUAAUAUCGGGAUGAAAUUGAGCGGGCAGCAAUGGGUUUUCAAAAAUCUCACCUUCACUGGGACGACUACGGGUGUGAUUGCAGGGGGUACCAAUAUCGUCUUUCUUGGUUGUCGCUUCCAACAAGGUACAAUAGGCAUUGAUGCGAGUGACACCUCGGGUUCCCUGACCGUCAUUGAUUCUAGCGCCUCCGGCUUGGACGCUUUCAUCAUCUCUGGUAACUCGGGUGGUGCAGGCAAUGCAAUCAUCUUGGAGAAUGUGCAAAGCUCUGGCGUUACUGUUAGUCUCGGGGGCAAAGCCGUGGUAUCGGGGAGUGUGUUGGCCACCUGGGUCCACGGAACCUUGUAUAACCCAGGAAAUACCAGCAAAGAGCGCGUUGAGGGGCAAACAGUGACCACCAAACGGUCUUCUUCUCUGUUAUCUGGAGAUAAGUACUACACAGUGUCGCCGCCGACUUACCAAGAAUACGGAGUGAAUGAGGUUUUGAAUGUCAAAACGGUAUCCUCCAGGCCUGUCCUGGGAGAUGGCCAAACGGAUGACACGGCAAAUAUCAACAAAAUCUUGUCUGAGAACAAGGACUGCAAAGUGAUCUAUUUCCCUGCCGGUACCUAUAUCGUGACGGACACGAUCUUCGUUCCGAGUGGCACGAGAAUUAUUGGAGAUGCGUUUGCUUCGACAAUCAGCGCUGUCGGUAGCAAUUUUCAGGACUCUGCUUCUGCUCGCGUUAUGGUCCGUAUGGGGUACCCAGGAGAUAUUGGGGUGCUACAGAUGAGUGACAUGAUACUUACUGUGGGAGACAUAUUGCCAGGAUGCCAAAUGGUGGAAGUCAACAUUGCCGGAAACCGCCCCGGAGACGUUGGGCUCUGGAAUACGCACUUCCGUAUAGGAGGUGCAGUCGGCAGUAAUGUCCGGAGUCGAUGCACCAGCACACCCGAGAACUGCAAAGCUGCAUACGGAUUGCUCCAUCUGACCGGCACAUCAUCGGUGUACAUCGAGAACAUGUGGGGAUGGACGGCAGAUCACGAUCUUGAUGGAUCCAACAAGCAGACCAUAUCCACAGGCAGAGGUAUUUUAGUUGAAGCUUCUGCCGCUACGUGGCUUAUCGGCACCGGCUUUGAACACCACACUCUCUACCAGUAUAACUUUGAGCAUGCGCAUAACGUUCUGGCCACCAUGCAACAGAGCGAAACACCGUACUGGCAAGGCGUGGGGAACACACUCGCACCAGCUCCAUGGACGGAUCACCUGGUUGCGAGUGAUCCAGACUUCUCGUUCUGCGCUGCGGACGAUGCGACUUGUCGCAUGGCGCUUUUCGAACGGAUUAAUGGUGCAUCAAACCUCUUCCUUUACGGAGGGUGUAACUGGGCAUUCUUUAACAACAAUGGCGGUUGCAAUGGCAAAUGCCAAAAGAAUACCAUUCAGAUCAUUGAUUCGUCUGCGUUGUAUCUGUAUGGAACAAAUACGAAGAGUACGGCUAACAUGAUCAUCGAGGGGGUGACACCGAUCGCCAAAGAGGAUGAUAAUGCUGGCGGUUGGGGAGGAGUGGUUGCGGCCUUUCUGUAUAAUUCAUGA